AUGGUCAGCCUCGUGUCCUUGUUAGGAACUAAAAUAGACCCAACAGUAUCUGCCCCACUUCAGCCUGGGGACUCUGUUACCCGCCAGUGUUCAGUCCUACCUCAUUCCCAGACUGGAUCCUGUCCAAGUGAACGCAGGGUGUCCUGGUUUGGAGUCAGAAAAGACGCUUUCCUUGGAAGCAUCAUCUACACAGAUCAAAAUGUAUCUUACAAUUGUGACAAGAAACCUGACACAUCAUCAGAUUCAAGAAGAUGUGUUUAUAACUUCUCAAAGAAUGUCAGCUCUGAAGAUAGUGGGACUUACUACUGUGCACUGGCCAUGUGUGGGGAGAUUAUAUUUGGAAAUGGAACCAAACUUGAAAUUGAAGUCAAAGAUGGCUACAGAUUGCCAAAUUAUGGCCUGCUUCUGAUGUGUCCUCCUGUGGCUGUAAGUGGGUUUGCCAUUGUUAUUACCAUUAUCAGGACAAAAGGGGAUUUUUGGAAAGUUGAUAAUUGUCCUCAAGGAAAUGUUGAAAAGCAGAAACUAAAGAAAGAAGAGGACACACGUAUUUACUCUACUGUUGUCUUUGGUAUAAUAAAGAAGGAAAAGAUGCAAAAGCAAUAAAGAGGGAGAAAAUCUAUGGCCCUCUAAAGCCUUUCGGAGUAGAAUAACAAGUGCUGAAAAUUAUUGGUUCUCCAUCCUGAGUUUGUGAUGUAUGAGGCUAAGGACGAGUCAGUGAGCUGAAUUCAUAAAUUCCAUUAUUAUAACAAAAUACAGCUGGUCCAUUAUGACAUGCUGUCUUUAAGAGCUAAGAGUCAAAUGGCAUCCCACAAGGGUUUCCCAUUCCCUUUGUCUCUCUGAGCUACGCCCCAAAGAGGGCGUUACCUAGUGUGACAUCGCUUCCUCCAGCUCCCAUUUGCAUUUUCUAACAUGUGGUUUCCUUUAGGUUUAGCUUAGCUUUAGCUUAGCAACUAGCUAAAAGAGACAAAAGGAAAACACAGAAUUAUUUAUUCUCAACACAAGUCAAUGCCUGAACCUCUUUUUAAUCACCAUGAACCACAUAGCUGGAGCAGGAGGCCCUAUACAGCCCUACUAUCUCUCGUGACCACUAAUACCACUAACUUUCAGUGCUGUCCUUUGUAUGUUUGCUUUUUAAAAGUUUUUUUCUGGCAGUAGUGGCCUUCAAUUGUCUGUAAUCUGACAGGACAGGGGAAAGGAGAAGGAUGACCGCAUCAAUGUCUGCAGCCUCUGAAUACGGGGAGCCCACUAUAGCUAUUGUGCUACACAAUCUAUAGCUCUAUGUAAUGUAAAUUUUAUUACAACAUAAAUUAAGUAAUACACAUCAAAACACUUGAAUACACACUGUACUAGUCCGAUCAAAAUCCUGAUCUGUUAAGGCGAGCGGAGUUGGCUUUUGAAGUCAAAGCAGUCUCAAACUGAAUAUUAUAAAAGACCCAUUCUCACAAAACUGAUAGAGGAGAAUUGCCAACAGCAAGAAAAUGGAUAAAAUACUGACAACCCUGUUUCCUGUUUUGUCUUCCUGUUUUUUUUUUAACCUGUUUUAGAAAAAUGAAACCAUAAAGAAGAAAGCUUCUGCUCUCUGCUCGUUAUUAAAGUGUUAAAAUAAAAUUUUAUCAAAUUUUGCAUGUUCCUAUUUUUGUACAAUGACAGAACCGUAUACACUAGGG